AUGGCCACGUCCGGGGAUCCUGCCGCGGCUCUCCAGGAGGAAGCGACCUGCUCCAUCUGCCUUGAUUAUUUUCAAGACCCGCUGAUGAUCACCGAUUGCGGGCACAAUUUCUGCCGCACCUGCAUCACCCAGUACAGGGAAAAACUGGAUCUCGGCGCCUCGUGUUGUCCCGAGUGCAGGAAACCCUUUUCCUGGGCCAAUCUCCAGACAAACAGGCGCUUGGGGAAUGUGGCGGAGCUGAUCCAGCAGUUGCGUUUGCACCGGCUGAGCGAGCCCGAUGGAGAGCAGGGGGUGUGCGGCAAGCACAAGGAGGUCCUCAAGCUCUUCUGCCCGAAGGACGGAGCUUUCCUCUGCUUGAUCUGCAAAGAAUCCCGAGCUCACAAAACGCACGCAGCGCUUCCCAUAGACGAGGCGGUCCAGGAUUACCAGGAUCAAAUCCGAAGUCACUUGACAUUAUUGAAGAAGGAGAGAGAUGAAAUUCUAAAGAAAAAGGAAAGUAACGAGCAAGUAAUUAAGGAUACAAUAAGGAAUAUCAUACAUAUUAGGGAGCGGAAAGAGCGCACAUUUCCAAAGCAAGAAGCCCAGCCUCUGUUAGCCCUGCUAAAAAAUGCCGAGGAAGAAGCUGUGCAGAUGCUAGACGAAAAUGCAAGCGAUGCCUUGGAACACAGUUCCCAUCUCACAGAGUUGAUUGGAGAGAUGGAGGGAAAGUGCCUGCAGCCAGCCCUUGAAUUCUUGCAGGACAUUGGGGCCUUCCUGAGCAAAUGUGAGAAGGAAAUGGCUAGGGAACCCAAAGCUGAAAUGAGUGUGACAGCUGCUUCCGUCCUUCAGAAAAUUCUGUUGGUUCAGAGCAAACUGAAUGUCUUUUCAGGAGACAACUCGCCACAUGAUCUCAGCAAGCCCAAGUCUGCAGGUACCACCUUGCUACCCCUCCAACAGCCAGCUCGCUCGCCCACUCACCUGCCCGCCAAUCAUCGGGGUGGAUCCCUGGCUCGCCUGCCCAUCCAUCCUUGGCCACAGCAAGGAGGAACAACUACAGGAGAGAGAGGAUUUCCAUAUUCAGAUUUGAUUUUACAACCUCUGAUUCCUACACCAUUCAUUGAAUCAUUGACAUUUGAUGUGGAGACAGCUCAUCCUCGUCUGGUGGUCUCCAGAAGUGGCAAAAGCGUGAGAUGGGGAGGAGAUAUCCAACAUGCCCUGCUUCCUGGGCCCUGGAGAUUUGACCAUAGUCGCUGCUUGCUGAGUAGCCAAGGAUUCACCUCUGGGUAUCACUGCUGGAUAGUAGAGGUGGUCAAGGAGGGGCCUUGGGCUAUUGGGGUUGCUCUAGAGUCUGUGCAGAGGAAGGGGUCAGUCAACUUGAUCCCUAGGGAAGGAAUUUGGGCCAUGGCAUUUAACAACAGCAAAUACUUGGUUCAUACAUCUCCCCCUACCCCUCUGAUUCUGAGCUCUUCACCCAGAAUAAUACAAGUGUAUCUGCAUUAUGAAAAUGGGAAGGUUGUAUUUAUGGACUUCCAUAGUAAGACUGUACUGUAUGAAUUCCUGUCUGCCUCUUUCUUGGGGCAGAAAGUCUAUGCUUUCUUCCGUGUUGGCGGACCAUCAGCUCAUCUCAGAUUGUGCUGUACGGGCUAUCUUGCUGGACUUCGUUUUCUGUAGCAUCUGACUUUUAGAUCAGCAAGGAGGGAGAUCUUUCACAUGAUCUGAAUUAUUUCAUCAAUAUAAUGAAAGCAAGAUCCCCAGCCCGAGGUACUUUUUUCAUUUGUGUGCCAAUAUUGUGCAGACUCAUUAAAUGAAGACUGGACUGGGUAUUGUGGAACAAAUCACAUUUCACUGGCUGUCAGAUAACCGGCAGAAUCUUUUAUUUUCUGUAUUAUCUGGCUCUGUAGCAUCUAAGGUGGUGGAGUGUUUAGAGUGGAACAUUCACCCAUGGAUUCACUGUGUUCUCUUGGGCUAAUCACUCUUGCAUUUGACCUAUCCCACCUCACAGGGUUGUUGUCAAGAUGAGUAGAGGAAACUUUGUAUGUUGCUCCAUGUUCCUUGGAAUAAAGGUGGAUUAAAGAUG